UUCCUCCAGCAUGUUGUGUGUGUUGCUCAGUUCUCACAAUCUUUGUUGCUACUGGGCAACCUAUAGAAUGCUCUCAAUAGAUUGUUUGCUCCCUUCCUGUUUCUGACUUCCGCACACCCUGACUCAGUAGGUGAUCUCUCCUCAACGUCCUUCUGCGCUGCAGUUGUGAUACUAUCCCUAAUUAGGAAUGCUACCUCUCCUCCUCCACCUUUCUCCUCCCCCCUCCCCUUUGAAACAUCUAAACCCCAGAAUAUCAAUCAGACAAUUCUGCCUCGAGAGAGCCAAGUUUUGGUAAUGGCCACAACAUCUUAAUUCCAAGCACUGUUUCAUUUUUCUAAGUUUGUCACCCUCGUUCUUAAUACUUCUUGCAUUGAAGUAAAUGCAUUUCAACUUAUCCAGCUGAAUGUAUUUAUGUCUCACCACUGUCUGUCCUUUCUCAGUCUCUCUUCACAUUGCCUCUACCUUUACACCAGUUGACCAUCAUUUGACUUAUUAUUCAGGUUCCCAUUCCCUGCAAAUCUAGUUUAAAUCCUCCCCAACAGGAGGGUUGCCCAAGCAAACUUGCUCACAAAAAUAUUGGCUCCCUUUAGUUUUGGUGUAACCUGUCCCUUUUGUACAGCUCAUACAUUCAAUGAUCUAUAAAUCUGAAAACUACUUUCACCAACUCUUCAGUCAUGCAUUCAUCUGCCAUGUUGUCCUACUUUUAUCCUCAUUGGCACAUGGCACAGGCAGCAAUCCAAAGAUUGCUACCCUUGAGGUCCUGGCUUUAGUUUCCUUCCUAACUCCCUACAGUCACUCAUCAGGACUUCUUCCCUUUUGCUAGCUAUGUUGUUGUAUCAUGGCAUCUGGCUACUCACCUUCCCCCUUAAGAAGCUGAGGACUCUAUAUGACAUCUCUGAUUCUAACGCCAGGGAGGUAACACUGCAUCCAGGAGACUCAUUUACAUCCACAGGAUCUCCUGUAUGUUCCCCAAACUGACAACUCCCUUAUCACCACAUUUCACUUCACCCCCUUCCCUUUGGAGCCACAGAGUCAGGCAGUGCCAAGGACCUGGCUGCUGCAGCUUUCCCCUAGUAGGUUGUCUUGUUCAAAAGAAUCCAAAGCAGGUUAAUUGUUAUGAGGGGGACAGCCACAGGGGGACUCUGCACAAUAUGCCUAUUCCCUUUCCCUGUCCAGACAGUUAGCAAGCAACCUACCUCCUGCAACUUACUGCAUCCCUGUAACUCUUGUUUAUCAUGUCCUCUGUCUCCUGAAUGAUUCAUGGAUCAUCCAUCCUCAGGUUUAAUUCCCUAACAUGAUCAGCAAGGAGCUGCAGCCAGAAGCGCUUCUCAGAGAUGUAGUCAUCAGAGACAGUGGCGGGCUUCCUGACUUCCCACAUCCUGCAAGAGGAGAUCUGACUGCCAUUCCCACUGCUCUGACUACAUUACCAGUCAGCUCAGAUUGGCAACAAAAUCUCCAUCAACCACAGGUGCAUGACAAGGCUGUGUGCUUAGCCCCCUGCUCUACUUGCUUUAUACCUUGACUGUAUGACUAAGCACUGCUCCAAUGCCAUAUUUAAGUUUGCUGAUGACACCACUGUAGUAGGCCAAUUCAAAUGUGUGAUAAAUCACUACAUAGGAGGGAGACUGAAAAUCUGGCCGGAUGGUGUCUUAACAACAGCCUCUUACUUAAUCUCAGCAAGACCAAGUAACUGAUUUUUGACUUCAGGAAAAGAAAACCAGAAAUUCAUGAGCCAAUCCUUAUCGCAGGAUCAGUGGUGGAAAGGGUCAGCAACUUUAAAUUCCUUGGAGUCCUAGACUCAGCAGGAACAGAAUUAAACUGAGGCAACAGAAGAGGCAGCAAAAGAGGCAUCAAACAAUGUUGUUCAACUAGACAUGAAGAAAGAUACAAAAGUACCAAUUAGACGGCAUAACAUUGAGUUGCCAAUGUCUCCUUGCUCUACACCCUCUCGAAUAUUCUUGGAGGAGAGUCAACACAGUAUGCAGAAAGAAGAAUGGAGCAGCAGAAAGCAUUUUACAAAUACAACAAACUUCAGAUAUGGAGAGAGUCAUUUCAUUGGAGAUGGCAGGUCCUCGAGUACUGAAGUCACUGAACAUGAUCUUCUUGCUGAUGAUGAAAAUUUGUUGACAGAUCAUAGACGUUUACCCAAACAUUCAAAUACCAGGUUGUUGCAAAAUCCCCUGUUGGAGAACUCAAGUCGUCAUUCAAGUAAUUGUGGAAAGUAUGUUUCUUUUUCAAUGCAAGAUGCAUUUCCUCCAUCACAGAACAUCACAACUGAAAUUGCAACUACUGGUCAGAAUCUGACUUCUUAUGGCAGGGAUUUCCCUCCAACUCAGUGUUACAACUUGGAAAGGAUUCAACCUGUUGCCAACUUUUUAUGUCAGGAGAAUAUGCCUCAUCCUUAUGCACUAACUGAUAGCGAUUUUAAUAUAAAUGUUGCUUAUAAUAGAAGUAAUAUGUAUGGAACUUCAGAUGGAAAUGACAAAGUUGUUGCUGAAGAUGCAGAAAGUGAAUAUAUUUUCACAGAACCAAAACCCAACUCAUUUAAAGAGUCAAUUGAAAAAGAUUUUGGACGACAUAAUUCCCUUGAUAAACAGUUUUUGGAAAGUAGCUCAGAGGAGUUCAGAAUUCAGAAAGACAUUACCUUAAGACCUGAGCAAGCUUGGAGAUGUUUAGACUACAGAAGAAAAGUGCUCAGUAAUUCACCAGAAAGCAGUCAAUCUCCCAGCUAUUCACCAAAAGAAACAGAAAGUUGUUGCAGUGUAUUUUCUGAUAUGUCAGAAUUAGAUGUUCAAAAUGUACGGUUUGAUGCUUCAGUUCUAAGCAAAGGCAGUGUUCAGGAAAAGCUUCUUGAUGACAAGGUUGUCAGAGAAAACUUCAAAGGCCAAUGUGCACCACGUCAUGAAAACUUAAGAGAAUCAAAUAGUACACACCGGGUCAGUGGUGAACAGAAAGAAAAUGAACAUCAGUUUGUACCAUCUUUAAUGUAUUGUUCGUCAGAGGCUCCUAUUUUUGAGCAAAAUGUUGUACAUACGUCAUCUCAUGGUCAAGAUGCAUGGACACAGACUGAAAGUUCAUUGACAUAUAUGGGUUGGUCAAAUGUUGCUAUUCAGUGCAAUUUAUCUGAUGUUGCAGACAGUCUUUUUUUAUGUGACAAAGAAGUAACCAAUGUGGAAGAUGACCAAAACUGUCUUGAGCAAACCACUAGGAGCCACUAUAGUUCAGUUAAACAAAAAAAUCACUGUUUGGAUCAUUAAACUGAAAAUGAUAUGAAUUUAGGCUGCAGGAUGCAUUUGGAAGUAGUGAAUGGCACAAAAUGUCUAAAAAAACAAAAAUGAAGGCAAGACCAAAAUUAAUGCAAACUACAGUGGUUCACUUUCAAGCCACAGUAUUUGUGGCAACAGUGAAAUUCAACUUCCACAGGCUCAAAAGGUAAAGUGAACAUUUCAAAAUGAAAAUUGUCUGCAACUUAACUGGAUUCAGAAUGUAAUAAAAGGAAUUAACAGAUAAACUCUCAAGCAUAUAAAAUAUCUUUCAAGGCUAAGGGACAGAAACUAACUUGUUAAAAUACACUAUGUUCAAUGAUGGUUUGGUAAUUAUAGCUCUCUGUCCAUCAUUUUUCUGAAACUUUAGCAACUACUGACCUUAACAACUUUAUGUAUAGACUAUUCAGCUGUUAUUUUGGUUUAUUUUUACUGAGCUAUUUUGUUACAAAAUGACUUUGUAGCUGACUUAGUGGAUAAGUUCAUUGCUUCUAUGGCAUUAAGUUAUGUGGACAAAAUCGAUCCCAUGUUUGAGCCUGAAAUCGAAAUGAUUUCCACUGAUAUGCUCAGAUGUUUCACUUAAUUGCAGUAUUGCAACAUAUGGAUGAAAUUCUUCAUUUUCAUAAUCAUUUAGUGACCCAUGUAUAGAAGUAUUUUUGCAUGAAGUUACUCACAAACUGCCAGAAUUACAGACGUCGGGCAGCAUUGAAGGAAAAAAUAUUUCAGUUCAAUGACCUGCAUCUAAACUGGAAGUUAGAGAUCAACUGUUAAGUUGCAGAGGAGGGUUGUAGAUAGAGAUGAUGCCUAUGAUAGGUUGGAUCUUCAGUUCACUCUCUUUCUUUGAAACUUUAUUUCAUUAAUUCUGCUGAUGGAAACCCAUUUUUAUUGCUUUGCACCCAGUUCUUUUCAACUACAGCCAUUAAACUCACUGUCACAGCUGCAUCACAUCUAUCCAUUCUUUUUUAGCAACCACACACUUGUUCACCCACACAACCAAUAACUCAAUUUAUUCUUGAAAUAUUGUUCUCCUCUUAUCCAGUACCCCUCUGUACAACAUACAACUCCUGCAUCCUCUUUCAUCUGAUGCAGGUUUGCUUGUAUCCUUUCAGAUUCCAUUCAUUCUUUGAAAUUUAAGCACAACUUCAAAUAAAAAAUUAACAGUGCUUUGAAUUGAUACUAAUUCCUUCAACAUCUGAAUAUAAAAUUGCUGAUCAUAAUUACUUGGUUAUACCAAUGGAUUACACAACUAAACCCUAAAUCAAAAGAAUAUAUUUCCUUGAAUAUUAAAUGUAGGAAUCACUGUAGGCCAAUCUGGAAGAAUAUGGUAAAGUUCUUCUUUUAUCCAAGUGUUUUAUUCAGUUUGAAGCCAUGCAUGUCAGUAAUACAUAUUAAAUUUUUUAGUAAACUAAGUUUAUAGGAAAUCAAAUUUCACAUCUCUUGGCCUUGAAAGAUUUUAAAAUACGGGAUUUCACAGCAAAGACACUAAAAUUUUGUUCUUAUUCUGGAUAGGAAUAUAAAUUCUUUGAUACUUAACCUUGAAUGUGCCAGACAUGGAAACUGUUUUUUGUCUUAUUUGCAUUUAACAUAUUUAAAUUGUGGAUUUUCAUUUACCACAAUGCUAAUUUGACAUUGUUAUGUUAAAUAUCAAAUUAUACAGAUUUACGUCUGAGUCCAACCAAAUGCCGAAUAUUAUCCUUUGCCUCUCUCCUGGCUAGGCGCUUGAUCCUCCUUAGAUGGAGAGAUGUUGCCCCGCCCACUCAUGCUCAAUGGCUUAAUGACAUUAUGGCCUGCUUGGACCUCGAAAAAAUUCAUUAUUCAGUUCUUAAUUCAGACCUAAAGUUCCAUAAGGUCUGGGGACCUUUUAUUGAGUACUUUCAUAACCUUCCUCUUGACUAGGGUUUUUUUUUUCUUUUCGGUCCCUUGCUUUCAGCUCUUUUUUCUGGUAGUAGGCAUUACUAUCCUCUGGUGCUAAGUGUAUUCACAGUCUGGGAGUUUGAUUGUCCUGAUUUAUAUGCUCCAUAUUGUGUUGUGGUGGUCUGGAGUUUUUUUGUGUGUUGUGGGGCUUGGGGAGGACACUAAGUUUACUUGUCUUCAAUUUAGGUGCUUUUUUUAAAAUUCUCUUUCUCUGUAUCAUAUUGUCAUUGUAUGCUUAAUUUUGCACUGUAUUAAUGUUCCUCAUUGUGAUUUGGGUUUUUUUUUAAUCUGUAAAAUGUAUAAAAAACUAAUAAAAAAUAAAAAAAUAAAAAUAAAAAUAUCAAAUUAUAUUUGAAGAUAACACAAUAUUGCUGAUCAACUAAAUGUUUAUUUUUUCCUUGACAGCUCAUUUGAGUCAACAAUUCAAUAACUAGAUCCAUAUAAUUUUAUAGAAAGCAUAACUAUUAAAACAUAACAUUAACAAAUCUGAUUUUACAACACUAAUGUACAAAUAUUAUAUUUUAAUAAAGUUUAGGUCUCCCAGAUGAUAGUUAUCCCCAGUACCCAUUUUUAAAAAUUGAAUACUGUGUCGGAAUUGCCAAGGUAUCUAAAUAUUACAUUUCAUGGUGAUCUUUUAUUUCCUGUACUAUGUAAAACAGUAUAUUUUUGUAUUAGUUAUUAGAAUUAACUUCUGAAUGUUGUAAGAUUCCAGUUAUUUAACAAAUGGUGAAUAGCUUUGGCUCAUAUCAGUAAUGUUCAUCGGAAACUACAUUAAAAACAGAAUAAAGGAAAAUGGAUUCUGAUUAUUAGUCCGUUUCACUGGAACAUUACCUUUUAGUGUUAAGAAGUACUAUACAGGUAUUUAUAAAUAUCAGUAUUACUUUGUUUAUAAAUAUUACAUUCAUUAUGUGUAUUGUUAUUUAUGAUCACCAUUUUAUCAUAGUAGCUUUGAAAUACAAUUCUUAGUACACAUUGCAAAGAUUACGUUGGUAAUCCCAAAAUAUUCAACCAGCUACAAAGUACUCUUUAAAAAUUUUACCAUUA